AAAUAAAAUGCAAUCCUUUAAAAAAACAAAAAGAAUCAAACAGUCUUGACUAAAAUAUAAUGUAAUUAAGCCCUAAAAUAUGCAUUAUUUCCUGUGAAGAUCAACUGAUUUGGUAUAUUGUUAUUAUUUCAACGCCUCUACGGCCCCACCCCACCCCCUCUCUUUUUCUUUCCCUCUCAAUCGUGUAGUUUUCCUCCAACAUUAUUCACUAAUUUAUUACUUCAAAUAAUAUAUAUCACAAAUAUGUCGCCUUGAAGCUAUAUUCUCUGCCGCCGGCCUUCUCUUUCUGCGUAACAACAAAUAGCAAUGGCUGCCGAUGCCGGAGAAAAAACCGCCGCCGCCGCCUCCAUCGAUAUUCCGGCUAAUCGCAAAGCAUCCGAUCCCACCGUUGUAGGUGGUGAUGGAACUCCACAAGCUUCACCUGCUCAUACUAAUACACACACCUCUCCAAAUUCUAUCGACCAGAAAGCAAGGGACAGCGAGAGCAGGCCAAUUCCUAGCGAAAUGGGGGCAGAAAACAGUGGUGAUUACGUAGGGAUCAACGUAGCAGCUUCUUCCCCUUCAUCAAAUCAUCGCAGCUACAGGAAAGUAUCGAUGAUACCCCUCAUUUUCUUGAUAUUCUACGAGGUAUCAGGAGGGCCUUUCGGCAUUGAAGACAGCGUUGGAGCUGCGGGCCCCCUUCUUGCUCUUGCCGGCUUCCUCGUAUUCCCGAUCAUCUGGAGUGUUCCGGAGGCCCUCAUAACGGCGGAGAUGGGGACGAUGUUCCCGGAAAACGGCGGCUACGUCGUGUGGGUGUCGUCUGCUCUGGGGCCCUUCUGGGGUUUCCAGCAAGGUUGGAUGAAGUGGCUGAGUGGAGUCAUCGACAAUGCCCUUUACCCUGUCCUGUUUCUUGAUUACCUGAAAUCCGGCAUCCCGGCGUUAGCCGGCGGCCUCCCUAGGGUUAUCUCCCUCAUCGCCCUGACCAUUUUCCUCACUUACAUCAACUACAGAGGCUUAACCAUUGUGGGGUGGGUUGCUGUGCUGCUUGGGAUUCUCUCUCUUCUUCCCUUUCUGGUGAUGGGAUUCAUGUCUAUCCCUAGACUGGAGCCUAAGAGAUGGCUGGUUGCUGAUCUCCACAAUGUGGAUUGGAAUCUGUAUCUCAACACUCUGUUUUGGAAUCUCAACUAUUGGGAUUCCAUAAGCACGCUUGCGGGGGAGGUUGAGACCCCCAAGAGGAAUCUCCCGAGGGCUCUGUUUUUCGCUCUGCUCCUCGUCGUUGUCGGCUACUUCUUCCCCUUGCUGACGAGCACCGGAGCCAUCCCCCUGCAGCGUGAGCUCUGGAGCGACGGCUACUUCUCGGAUGUGGCCAAGAUCAUCGGCGGCGCGUGGCUGAGCUGGUGGAUUCAGGGGGCUGCGGCGGUGUCCAACAUGGGGAUGUUUGUGGCGGAGAUGAGCGGCGACUCUUUCCAGCUGCUUGGCAUGGCGGAGAGGGGGAUGCUGCCGGAGUUGUUUGCUAGGAGGUCGCGCCACGGGACGCCCGUGGUGGGCAUCCUCUUCUCGGCCUCCGGGGUGGUUCUGCUUUCCUGGCUGAGCUUCCAGGAGAUCGUGGCGGCGGAGAACUUCUUGUAUUGCUUUGGGAUGAUACUGGAGUUUAUAGCGUUUGUGAGGUUGAGAGUCGUGGCCCCCGGCGCGCCCCGGCCUUACAAGAUUCCGGUGGGGACGUGGGGCGCCGUGCUCAUGUGCGUCCCUCCGACCGCCCUCAUAUGCGUGGUGUUGGGCUUGUCGUCCCUCAAGGUUAUGGGUGUGAGCCUCGUUGCGGUUGCGAUGGGGCUGAUUUUGCAGCCGUGUAUCAAGCAUAGUGAGAAGAAGAAAUGGCUUAGAUUUUCCACUACUUCUCAUCUUCCAGAUAUUCGUGCUCACCGUGAGAACCAAACAUUGAUCCGCUGAUCCUUUGGAAUCUCUAAUAUGGAAUAUGAGGAUUCAUGAUUCCUAGUUUAGGUGAAGCUAGAUACCAUUCAACUACUAGGCUUGUUGUAUUUUUUUCUACUUUCCAAAUCACGUAGAAUUUUGUACAUAUAGCUUUACAUUUAUGUUGGAAAUUCUAAUGAGAAUCUUUUG